UGGCAAACGAAGAGUUCUUGAAGAGAUUUUCCGGCGACGGAUGGUGUGGUUCUCUCGCGCUCCCGUUGCUUUUCGUCUUCCCUGAAUGCCUUCAUCAGCGUUCAGGAAAAUUGUGGCGAUUUACGUGCGGAGGAGCGAGGGAUUAACGGGUGAUGAUGGAUCUAAAUGAAAUGGUAGUGUGAGACUAAAUUUUGUGGGUCUUACUUGAGUUGAAAGAAAUGAAUCCUGCGCUUGACUUUUGUCAUAUGAGUGCCACUAUUGGAAAUGAGAUGGCUAAUCUCCCAUGGAAAGACUAGAUCUCAGGGAUCCUCUGAGAAGAAGUGCCUUUGGCAUGCCAUUGUUACCAUUCUCUUCUGCAUGAGAUUCUUAAAAAUGGCGGUAGCCAUUGAUCAACAUCAUGGAUUCAGGCCGUUUAAUCGAUCUCAGAGAUGCAGACUCCAAUCCUUUACUUAUCUAGAUAACAACAUUGCUGAAAUUAGCCAAACCAAUCUUAACCAUUCCUUAAAACAAGCAUUUGAAGUUGCUAAUUUUCACCGAAGCUUCUCUAGUCCGUGCUUACCCCUGGCCACUAGAUUGGAAGACAAGCUUGAUGCCAACCCAACAGUUGAAAUUGUUGGUGGCCAUAGAGCACCUAGAGUGCGUGCUCUUGUUGUUGAGGUUGCCAUAGCUAUAGCAUCUGGUAUUGAUCUCAUGCCAGUAUCAAGCGGGCUAGGUGGUGCUUACUUCAUACGCAACAAGAGUGGUGAUAAUAUUGCAGUCACAAAGCCAAUUGAUGAAGUUGGUGGAUUGAUGCUAGGCCAUUCUGGAAUGAAACGUUCAGUUCGAGUUGGUGGGACUGGAAUUCGGGAAGUAGCUGCGUAUCUUCUUGAUCAUGAUGGUUUUGCUGGAGUUCCUCCAACAGCCUUAGUCAAAAUCAAUCAUAUUGGGUUUCAUAUAAAUAAUGGUGCUGGUGGUACCACUGUAUCAGAUCCACCUUCUAAGGUUGCCUCACUCCAACAUUUCGUUGAUCACGAUUUUGACGCAGGGGAAUUAGGCCCUUCUGGCUUCUCAGUUGCUUCAGUUCAUCAAAUUGGAAUUUUUGAUGUCAGGCUCCUAAAUCUUGACAGACACGCUGGAAAUAUUCUAGUCAAGAAGAAUGAUCAUCAAGAAAAUGGUGCAAUUGGGGUAGUUGAUCUUGUGCCUAUAGACCAUGGUCUUUGCCUACCAGAAUGGCUCGAUGAUCCUUACUUUGAAUGGCUGCAUUGGCCUCAGGCAUCGGUUGCCUUUUCAGAGUCUGAAUUGGAAUACAUACACAAUCUUGAUCCUUUCAAAGACGCAGAGCUCUUAAGGUCUGAGCUUCCUUCUUUAGGAGAAUCAUCUAUCCGAGUUCUUAUCCUUUGCACUAUUUUCUUGAAGCAAGCUGCUUCUGUAGGACUUUGCCUUGCUGAUAUAGGUGAAAUGAUGACUCGUGAGUUCUGUGGCGGAGAGGAAAAUUUAAGUGUGCUAGAGAAUCUUUGUGCAAAAGCAAAGGCAAGUUUGGUUACUAAAUCCAAUGAUGAGGACAUUUAUGACAAUUAUGACGAUGACGAUGAUGAGAAUAGUGAGAAAAAUCUACCAAAAAAAGAAGAGGUUACUAUAUUUGAAUUUGAUGAUGAAAGUGAAAACAUUUUGAAUGAGGUUUCUGACGUCCCUCAACAUGUACAAUUUCCUCCUAAGAUGGCUAGCUUCUCAAAAAAUCCGAGGUUUUCAUCCAUAAGAUCGAUGCCUAAACUGCAAGAUGCAGCAGCGUCACCUCCCCUAAGCAAGCAAGAUGACUACGAAGAUGGUAAUACACAUCAUAAGCACACAUACAUCACGAAAGAAAAUAGUGAUAAUGAUAGCGGAGAUGGUAUCAAAGUAGGGGGUUUGACAAGGAGCAUCAGUUGCGCUCUACACAAUUAUAACAGUGAAAUUGAAGGCAUUUCUCUUGGAGACAUGAGUGGAAGUGAAUGGAAAUUAUUCUUGGAGUGCUUUGGUAUGCUUUUGCCUGAGGCUUUUGAAGGUGCUAAGUGCAUGGGCUCAAAGCAAAGGUUGGGAACUUCUUGCAAGUUCUGAGCAAGGAAUGUUCCAAAGAAAUCAACAUACCACAAAUGAGUAACAGGUACUUGCUUGAAUCUAUUCUGAUUUUGGAGUAAUUUGUAUAUUGUUCAUAUCAACUUGGUAAUAGGUUGUAGAUAAAUACUUAGGAUGGAAAAGGGAUUGGCAGGUAGCCAUCCUUUCCAUUUCAUUUCUAACUCUGUUUUUUCUCCUAUUUUCAUUUCCUUUUUUUCCGUCUAAUUUAUCACUGUAUUGUAUAAUCAACUUGCAUGCACAUGAUCUUGUAAAAAAUAUAUGAUCAAAAUUG